CAUUGAAAGUAUAAAUAUCGGUUGCAAAAAAAUCCACCAUAGCAGUUCACUACCUGGAAUCAUCAAAAUGUAUGUGCUCACUUGGCUUUCAAUCUUUGUCGCCAUCUUCAGUUUCGGUAACACUCUUCUUGGAAUUGGAGGAGGGGGAGCUGCACUGAAGGGUGGUAUGAAAGCAGGAGGCCGUAUUGGUCUCGGAGGCAUCGGAAAUCUAGGAGCAGCAGCCGGAGGUCUGAUAGGCGGAGCUGAAGGAACGUUAGGGGGCGCAGGUGCUAAACUUGGUGGUUUGUUUCAUGGAAAGAAAGAUAAGAAAAUUGAUCUAUUCGGUUCCUCAGAAGAUUCGUCAUCAUCAUCUUCUAGUAGUGAAGAAGAUGUAAAACGUGGGAAGAACAGUAAACGAAGGAAAACUGGACGAGGAAUUGAUAAACAUUCAGGUAUUGGAUCUCGAGAUGGAAUAGCCACUCCCAUUCUAAACUUACUAGGAUUGACUAAGACUGUUUGUCGCGUUAGCUAUGCAGGAGAGGCUGUCAUCGAGAAGUUAGGCGAUUUCGCAAUUGGAAUGAAUCACGAAGUUAGGAAAAUAGACCAUGCAAUUGCUAACUAUGUAACUGAUAAUAUAAUACUUAAGGCUGUUGAUGCGAUCAGGAGAGGUCAUAAUGAUGUGGUAAAAUUCAUUGUUGCUACCCAAGUUGGUUUCACUAAAUUUGCAACGAACACAAUAAUAGAAGUAUAUAGAACCACCAAAGCUCCAAUAAGGGAGUUACUUGCAUGUUAGGUUAGAAAAAUAAAUCAAAUGAAUUGUG